GGGAUGGGGGUGGUGGGGUGGGUGGAAGGCGAGGAGAAGAGGCCCUCGGAGCAGACCGCGCUGGGUGCUCGGUGGGUCAUUGCCUUUGUGGGAGACCCCUCCGGGAUCGGCGUGUGAGGAGCAGAAGUAACCAGGUUCCCUCUCCGCGAUGGCCUCUGCACUGAGCUAUGUCUCCAAGUUCAAGUCCUUCGUGAUCUUGUUCCUCACCCCGAUCCUGCUGCUGCCACUCAUCAUUCUGAUGCCCGCCAAGUUUGUCAGGUGUGCCUACAUCAUCAUCAUCAUGGCCAUUUACUGGUGCACAGAAGUCAUCCCCCUGGCUGUCACCGCCCUCCUGCCUGCCUUGCUUUUCCCACUCUUCAAGAUUCUGGACUCCAAGCAGGUGAGCAUCCAGUACAUGAAGGAUACCAACAUGCUGUUCCUUGGCGGUCUCAUCGUGGCUGUGGCUGUGGAGCACUGGAACCUGCACAAGAGGAUUGCUCUGCGCACGCUCCUCUGGGUGGGGACCAAGCCUGCACAGCUGAUGCUGGGCUUUAUGGGCGCCACGGCCUUUCUCUCCAUGUGGAUCAGCAACACGGCCACCACGGCCAUGAUGGUGCCCAUCGUGGAGGCCGUGUUGCAGCAGAUGGAGGCCACGAGUGCAGCCACCGAGGCCAGCCUGGGGACCCUGGAGCUGGCAGAAAAGGGCAAGGCCGGCGAGCUGCCAGGGAACCAAGCAACUCUGGAAGGUCCCUCUGCGAGGCAGCAGGAGGUCAACAGGAAGAAAGUGUGCAAGGCCCUGACCCUGUGCAUAUGUUACUCGGCCAGCAUUGGAGGCACUGCCACUCUGACUGGGACCGGACCCAACGUGGUGCUCCUGGGCCAGAUGCAAGAGUUGUUUCCAGACAGCAAAGACAUCGUGAACUUCGCCUCCUGGUUCGGAUUCGCCUUCCCCAACAUGCUGAUCAUGCUCCUGCUCUCCUGGUUUUGGCUCCGCUUCAUGUACAUGAGAUUCGAUCUGUCCUGGGGCUGCAGCCUGGAAAAGAAGAGCGAGGAGAAGUCUGCGCACGAGGUGCUGUGGGCGGAGUACAGGAAGCUGGGGCCCCUCUCCUUCGCUGAGAUCAACGUCCUGCUCUGCUUCUUUCUGCUGGUCGGCCUGUGGUUCACCCGGGACCCCGGCUUCAUGCCCGGCUGGGUGUCGAUCGCCUGGGCAGAGGGAAAGACAAAGUACGCCUCCGAUGCCACCGUGGCCAUCUUUGUGGCCAUCUUGCUGUUCAUCAUGCCUUCGCAGAAGCCCAAGUUCAACUUCUGCAGCCAGACCGAGGAAGAAAGGAAAACUCCAUUCUAUCCACCCCCACUGCUGAAUUGGAAGGUGGCCCAGGAGAAAGUGCCCUGGGGGAUCGUGCUUCUCCUGGGGGGCGGCUUCGCUGUGGCUAAAGGAUGCGAGGCUUCGGGGCUAUCAGAAUGGAUGGGGAAGCAGAUGGAGCCCUUGCACACCGUGUCCCCGACAGCCAUCACCUUGAUCAUGUCCUCACUCAUUGCUGUGCUCACGGAGUGCACAAGCAACGUGGCCACCACCACCCUGUUCCUGCCCAUCUUUGCCUCCAUGUCACGUUCCAUUGGCCUCAACCCGCUGUACAUCAUGAUCCCCUGCACGCUGAGUUCAUCCUUUGCCUUCAUGUUGCCCGUGGCUACCCCGCCUAACGCCAUCGUGUUUUCCUAUGGACACCUCAAGGUUUCCGACAUGAUGAAAACAGGACUAAUAAUGAACGUCAUUGGAAUCACCUGUUCAUUUUUGGCCAUCAACACCUGGGGACGGGUCAUAUUUGACUUGGACCAAUUCCCUGCCUGGGCUAAUGUGACAGCACAUUGAGACUUUGGAAGAGUUGCAAGACCAUGCCCACGGCCCCCACCCUCCCAAGGACUCUUGAACCUUCCAGUAUGACUUGCCACAGAGCUUUGGGGUUCAUGUCCCAAAGUGACCCCAUGAUGCCCACACCCUAUGGAGACCCAGCCGACAGGCCAACUCUUCCUCCAGGCCUGGGGUCUCAGCUGGGGAUGGGCUUUGAGAGGGCAGGCUCCGAAGUGAAGGGAGCCUGCCGUGAGUCUGCUGGCGUCCAUCUUUGCUGGGGGCCUGCCAUCACCUCUGGGACGGUCAAGGUCCCGUCCCCACUCAGCCUCGAGCUGGCCCCCUGGGGCUGGGCUCUGGGAUUCAUUUGUCAUCCACAUGGGAAUCAGAUCCCAGCUUGGGAGGUGAGAAAACAACCUUCCAGGCCCCGUGCCUCUCCCAGCUGCCCUUAGGCUGCCUCGGAUCCCUCCUGGCACUAGGAGGGGUCAGCCCACAGCCCAGGGACGGAGUGUCAGGUCCUGGGCAGCUCCCCACUGCUAGAGUGAGAGUGGGAACGAGAGCCUCCUGGGACCACUGGGAGUAUGGUGCCACCACCGUACUCAAGGAUGAGGAACUUGAGUUGCUAACUUCCGGAUGACACCACCUGCUGCACCCCACUUGUAAUCUACUCGAUUGUAACUGACGAUUUAGACCCCCUCCCCAGCUCUGCAGGACACCUCCUCAGACCCCUUCGUGGUCUGCCUGACAUUUAUCGGGAUCCUCCCCAGCAGGUUAGUUUGGCUCUCCCAGAAGAUGCUUUCCUGCUCCAUGACAGCUGGGGUCACACUACAUAUGGGCAGUGGUCACACUACACAUGGGCUCCUCUGGGCCCAUAGCUGGAGACCGAGUCUGCCCUCACCUGCAGGUGCAGGGGGAUGGAUAGCUAUUAACUGCCAAGAGCAGGCUUCCUUCAGAGUCUGUCUGUCAGGCCAGAGUUUGGGCUUCUCUGGGGAAAGCUCCCUUUGCUGAUUGGCCUUGACAGCCAAGCCUGGUACUGGCAGGGCAUCACUGAGAACCAGCAGCGCCCAGUGGUCCCCGAGCAGAUAGCCCCUGCCCAUGCGUGCAUCUACCUGAAGUUGAGGGACCAAGACUCCAGAGUGGCCUGGGAACCCUCAGAACCUUGGGGAGAGAAGUGUGGGAGAGCCCUGUCCUCCUGCCCACCAACCCAAUUUUCUUUCCUUCCUGUGCUGCGCCAUUGAUGUUAUUUCUCAGAGCAGAAGAAAGUCUGGGAAACUAAGGACCCCCAUUCUCUCUCCUCGAGGACCAAGCUUAUACCACCUGAUUCCUUGGGGUGGGGUGACUCCUGACCAUCCUGUCUCCCAUGGAAGGUGCACCAGGCUGUCUCUGGCUUUCUGCCGUGUGCAGGACAGUGGGGUGGGGAGAGGCAGGUGGAUGAAUGAACACUUACACAUUGCCCACUUCCCGUGUGCCAGGCCUCCCCGUGCCCUGCUAAUGAUCUCAUUCAAUCUUUGCUGCAGCCUGUGAGAUAGGCAGGUGUUAUUAACCUCCUCUGUCUUCAUUAGUACUGGGGCUCAGAGAGGCCACAUCGUGUCCAGUAGUCACACAUCCAGUUAGUGGCAGCUGAGGUUCUGAUUCAGACCUGCCACCGUCAUGUCCACUGCUGCUUCCUCUAGCCAUUAAGGGCCUUGGCCUUGUAGGGCCUGUAGGGAAAUGUGGGUGACCAAGAGCAGGUCUACCCAAGGCCCUACCUGCUCAGGGAUCAUCCACAAGAGCCCCUUGCUGCUGCCUCCUCUGAGAUGGGCUCAGAGCUGUCCUGGAACAGACAGGGGUGGUCUUUGCCCAAAGAAGCAAAGCUUUUGGUUGGAGAGAGCAGCAUGGAAAUGGGCCACCUGCUCUCCCACCAGGGUGAAACCGUACCACCCCUUUAUCACUACUCCCCACACUGCUGCUGCUGACAUGUCUGCCCGCCCCCCUGCCCCCCCAGUGAGGGCUCUGAGGACUGGCACAGCCUGCUGGGUCCAGUGCCGGCACUACAGCAGGCCACCACAAGUGUGAUUAGUAAAUAAAUGAUCAGUAUGGUCAAUUAGAUGCACGCCUGGUGGUAAGUGAGCAAGGUCAGUGAAGGUCAUCCAAGGUGGGCAGUGAAGGAUGAGUAAGACUGGCCGAGCUGAUGGGGGAGGAUGUGGUGGCAUGGGGGAAAGGGUGGGGAGAUGCCAUAUGAUUGAGGAGUGAUAAAGCUGGGUGGUGCUUCAGGAGAGCAGAUUCCAAGGUUGAGGAGGCUGACCAAAGGCUGUUUCUAAACAGCUUCUCUUGAACUUGGCUGGAGUUGCACUAACACUUGUGGCCAGUGCCGAUCUGGAUUGCUUUCAGCUGCAAGUAAGAGGAAACCUAGCUAGCAGUGACUUAAAUUCUAAAGGCGGCAUUAGUCGCUCAGUUGUGGCCAACUCUUUGUGACCCUGUGGACUGCAGUGUGCCAGGCUGGCCUGUCCUUCACCAUCUCCUGGAGUUUGUUCAAACUCAUGUCCCUUGAGUUGAUGAUGCCAUCCUAUUAAGGGCAUUUUAUGUCUACUUAACAAGAAGUCUGGAGCUAGACAGUUACUGGCACAGGACCAGCAGCUCCCUUGGGCCACCAAAGACUCAGGCUUGACCAUCCACUCUGCCAUCUUAAGGAUACUGUGGCUUUACUGUCAUGCUCGACUCACACUAUAUACACCUGCAUUGAAGGCAAGGUACGGGAUGGGGGCUGAUAGUGCAUACUGCAUUUUCCCCUUUUAGUAGGAAAGCAAAAGUUUUCUCAGAAAGCCCCUAUAGUCCUCCUUUUAUGUCUUGUGGGCCAGAACUAAAUCAUCUGCCCACAUUGAGGCCAAUCACUGACAAAGGGGAACUGGAAUACCAUGAGACCAAUUAGGAUACAUCUUUUAGGCUUGGGAAAUUGGCCUAUGUUUCCUGAAAUCAAGCGAUAUCCACCUAAUAUGAAAUAUGAGUCUGGCAGGAGGAAAAAAAAAAAGGCUGGGAGCCCUUGGGUAGGUGAUAAACCAGGGUCUGGUAUUAUGACUCUUUCAGAGGGCUGCCCUCACUCCAGGCUACUUGAGUGGCCCCCUUUCCAUGGAAUUCAGUAGAAACACGUUCUGUAAGUGUUUGGUCAAGAAUUUCACCUCUGCCCCCACUUCCAGGAGAACCACUGGUUCAGGAGGCUAGAGUCUGAGUCAGGGACCAAGCUCAGUCCUGAUGUCAGAUACUGAAUAAGUAAGCCCACUCUCUGGGCCUCAGUUUCCAUCAGGGAGGGACUGGACGAGAGCAUCUGUCAGGAGGGCCUUUCCCCAGAGUCAUGUCAACCCUUAGCCCACUGACCCUUCACUUGCUUGGGCCAGGUGCAGCCCCAUGGUGUCUCAGCUUAAAGCCUGUUACAUGGCGCGUUCCCUGCCCCCAUCUGGGUCUCAGCCAUUUGCUGAAAAACUCUGAAAGAUUUCCCCCAUUGAUAUUUUGCCUCUUCCAUUUUGUCAAGAGGUUCAACCCAAGACCCUUGAUUUGUCUCAGCACACAUCAGACAUAUGGGCCCAAGGUGAGCUGAAAACAUAUCUUGACCCUAUGUGUUGCUCUCUGAACUGUUUUGCCAAGCACUUAGGACUCCACAAGGAUCCUAUGCAUUCCAGGGUUCCUUGUUGGAUCCUGGAAUUGGGAUCCUUCCCUGGCCCUCUGAGCUGAGAACUUCCUUAGGGCCUCCUCUGGCAAAGCCAGUGAGCAGGGCAUCUCCCUGGCAGGUGAAGUCUCCUCCCUACCAUCGCUAAUGCACAAAAAUUAUGGAUAAUGAAGCUGUUGCUCUGCAGGGAGUCAGCACAGUGGCACAGAGUCCAGUUCUCAAAAAGAAUACAGACAUUCUCAGGUAGGACCCUUGAUAUAUUCUUGUUUGUGGAAAUAAAGACCAAACACUGGAUUGUCUGGUUAAAAACUACACCUGGCAGUCCUAUUCUUAGCUCAGAACUCCUUCUAGGGUACUCUCUCCCUUGGUCCAAUAUCAUCUUAAAAGCCUUGUUUUCUUUCCACCAAUGAAGCAUUUUUUCACGUUCAAAAAAAAUUUCAUCAAGAUAAAUCUUUCAUGUCAUGGGAUGGGUUUUUAUAUUCUUCAACAGAAAGCUUAUCAUUUAUGGCUGAAAUCCUUGUGCCCAGAUAGUUAGAUACUUGGUUUAUUUCCCGUGGUGUCCUGACCCAGGAUUCAGGUUCUCACUUCCCUGCCCUGGGCAGGCCUUCCAGAAGCUUCUCUGAUAGGCUUGUGCACAUGCCGACUUCCACUUUCAGAGACACAGGCCUCCCACUGCUGGGCAGUAUCAGAGCAGCAGUUUUGUCUCUGCUUCCAGCUACCAGAGAAAGCUUCCCUGGUGGCUCAGAGGUAAAGAAUCAGCCUGCAAUGCAGAAGACCCGGGUUUAAUCCCUGGAUCAAGAAGAUCCCAUGGAGGAGGGCAUGGCAACCCACUACAGCAUUCUUGCCUGGAGAAGUCCCUGGACAGAGGAGCCUGGCAGGCUGCAGUCCUAGACUUGCAAAGACCUGGACACGACUGAGUGACUAACGCACAGACAUUUUUUCAGCUACCAAGGGUAGAGAAAUAUGACAUCCCAACCUCCGGAGAGCCUAUUAUCCAAUCAAGAAAUUUUAGCUAGUUUUUAUAUCUAAAAAGUUAUCAUGAACACAGUGAAAAAGAAAUUCCAACAGGUAAAAAAAGCACUGAGAUAUGCCCCUCCCCUUCAGACCUUGGGGCCUCCAGGCCCUUCCAGAAAGGCAACACUUGUCCAGCAGUUUCUUACAUGUCCUUCCAGACGUGUUAUAUACACAGUUAGCUCUCGAGGGUUGGCUCCAGGAUCCCCAGGGUACCAAAAUCUGCAGAUGCUCCAGUCCCUUAUAUUAAAUGGCCUAGCUCGGUCAGCCCUCCAUGUCCGUGGUCCUGCAUGGUAGUUCUUCCUUCUGGGAGCGUACUAUACGCAUCUUCUGUCCUUGUUGACAUUCCUCCCCGUUAAUUGAUUUGGAGAUCUUUCCAUUCAGCACGUAUGAAGUUAGACUCCCCCUCCCUCAUUCAAUAGUUAAUUUUGCUUUUAUUUUUUAAAAUUAUUAUCAUUUGACCGCUCCCUGCAGCUUGUGGAAUCCUAGUUCCCUGACCAGGGAUUGAAUCCAGAACCCUGGCAGAGAAAGCACCGAGUCGUAACCACUAGACCACCAGGGAAUUCCCAGUUUUGAUUUUAAAGUAAGAUAAAAUGAGAUGUGACUCACACAGAUCUGAAGUGUACAAUUCAGGGAUUGUAUACACUGUAUACAACACGUAAGCAGUACCUUAUUUCCAUUUCCGAAUGCCCUUAAGUUUCUCUUGCCCCUUCUAGGAAUCCGCACCUUCCUGAGGCAAUCAUUGUUAUGAUUUCUAUCACCAUGGGUUGGUUUUGCCUGUUGAAAUUCACAUCAAUGGAAUCAUACAGUACACACUCUGGUGUCUGAUUUAUUUUGUGCAACACAUCGCUUUAGAAAUUCAUUCCUGUUGUGUGUAUGCAUUCCUUCCUUUCUUUGUUGUGCUAAGUAGUUUCUCAUUGUAUGACUAUGCCACAAUUUGUUUAUUUUUCUCUGAUGGACAUUAGUUUAGCUCCAAUUGAAGACUACCUGAAUAAAGCUGUUAUAAAAUUCUCUGCACAAA